AUGGUGCCCAUUGAACGGACGAGGGCCGCUCCCCAACCCUCGGAGAACUAUGUUCGAACAAGCAACGACAAGUCGUUGCCGCCGCCGCCGCCCAGCGCUGCCGACAUGACGACAGUCCUUAUCGGUGCGAAGCAAACUAGCUUCAAAGUGAACCGCAAGCUCCUCUGCGCCGUGUCGCCCUUCUUUCGCGAGCGGCUCGAGGAUCCCGUGGCGCCCAAGCCCAUCUGUCUAUGGCUUCCUGGGGAAUCAUCGACGAUGUUUGCGCUGUUUGUGGAAUGGGUACACUCGCCAACUACGUUUCGGAGCUGGCUCGAUCACUCAGUGAGCACCGCUCAUGAGACUAGCCAGCGAGCGUCGCAGGACAUCCACUGGGCCAUCGUGCGGCUGCAUCUGUUUGCCGCUCACCUCGAUCUCUUCAAGUUGCAAGACCUCGCCAUGGACGCGCUCCAAGACCUCUACCUCAAAUACGACUGGGACGUUCCUCCGAGGCUGAUACUCUACCUCUACACCCAGUGCGAGGCGAUCCAAGCCGUCCGAAUACGGCGAUGGGCCGUCGCCAUGGUUGCCUUUUCUCUCACCGUUGGCCCAAACCAGCUGCUCAAGUUCCAUCCCCAAGACGCCACGACCUCGGACCCGGCCCGGUUCCGUCUCCUCUUUGACACACUCCAUGAGUUUGCUGCCGACUACUCAAUGCAUCUCCACAACAUGAAGGCCGCCGGGCUGGACGUGCGCUUCAAAAACCCACAGCUGCGCAUAUCCGCCAACAAGCUGCGCAACGACCAGCGCCUGUUUGGCUUCAGAGAAUGCUCGUUUCACUCACAUAGGGCCGCCGUCGGAGAGAGGCGCUGCCCGCAUGCCGCCUCAAGGGCCCGGAGUAGGCACGCAUCCGAGCUGGGCGCCGCCCUCAUGGAUCUGGACCGGCGGCGAGACGUUCACGUGGAUGCUGUACCGCGACCGCUAUUUUCCAGGGAUGGCGAGGACCGCGAUGAAAGACCCGCCAAACACAUGCGGACCACCUCGAGCUCACCCAAAGACUGA